AUGAAGAGCUUCCUGCUCCAAAUUGUGCUCAGCGGUGCUCUUUCCUGUGCUUUGCCGAUCAUCUCAAAACCUGACCAAGUCGCAGAAGGAGACGUACAGCUUGCUGAGAAAUAUCUCCGCAGCUACUACCCUGAACCUGAAGGAACCCCUGUCCUCAGAAGCAAAGGCAACAAUAAUAAUAAUAUGGCUGACCGAAUACGACAAAUGCAGCAAUUCUUUGGGUUGAAAGUGACAGGCCAGCUGGAUUCACACACCUUGGAUGAGAUGAAGAAGCCUCGAUGUGGUGUUCCUGAUGUAGGAGAAUUCCGGGCUGCUCAUUCUUCUAGGAAAUGGCCAAGGAAUGACCUCACAUAUAGCAUUCAGAACUACACCCCAGACAUGGAUCAUGCUGAGGUAGAUGAUGCUAUUGAAAGAGCUUUGAAAGUAUGGAGUGAGGUGACCCCCCUGACCUUCACCAAGACAUCCACAGAUUCUGCAGAUAUAUUGAUCUCUUUUGUCGCAGGAUACCAUAGCAGCAAUCCCUUCGACUAUCCCUUUGAUGGAUACGGAGGACAACUGGCUCAUGCAUUUUUCCCUGCUUAUGGUGGGGAUGCCCAUUUUGAUGAGGAUGAACAAUGGACAAAGGAUUUGAAAGGAACAAAUCUGUUUCUUGUUGCUGCUCAUGAGUUUGGACACACAUUGGGUCUUGGACACUCUGAUGUUUGGGGAAGUUUGAUGUACCCUACAUACAUGCCUUCAAACCCCCAAAACUUCAGGCUUCACGAGGAUGAUGUUAAUCGUAUCCAGUACCUUUAUGGUAAGAACAGUUUCCCCAGUUCUCCACCAGAAGUCCCAAACUUUUGUGACCCUCACCUCUCCUUUGAUGCUGUCACCACUCUCCGGGGAGAAACUGUCUUUUUAAAAGACAGCUUUAUGUGGCGGAAGCAUCCUCAAAGAACAAACAUUCAGAAAGGUUCUAUUCAUGAUUUCUGGCCAGCUUUGAAAAGUGGCAUUGACGCUGCUUAUGAACUUGAAGAUAAAGACAUCUUAUUUCUUUUUAAAGGACAGAGGUACUGGGCUACCCAGGUAAAUGUUAUACAGCGGGGUUUCCCAAAGAACAUCCACACCUUGGGCUUCCCCAAAUAUGUAAAGAAAAUUGACGCAGCUCUUUUUGACAAAGAUACAAAGAGAACAUUAUUCUUUUCAGGAGAUAUGUACUGGAGUUAUGAUGAAACAAUGAAUGCUAUGGAGAAUGGCUACCCAAGAAAGAUAGCCACAGACUUCCCUGGAAUUAGUAGAGUGGAUGCUGCUUUACAAGAUAAUGGAUACUUCUAUUUAUUCAGCGGCACAAAGCAGUAUGAAUUUGACAGCAAGCAGAAAAAAUUUACUGGCAUAAAGAAGAGCAACUCUUGGUUUGGCUGCCCCUGA